GAAAAUAAAUGAGACCGGCGAUCCUUUAGGAUCUCGCAGUAAGCUCGUCUUCGGGCAGACGCAUUUUGUUCACAGUAAUGAAGAUGUGCCGACAUCUCCGGCAUCACUUAAUCUGGCCGAUGCGAGUAUUGUGUGGAGAACGCCUUGUCCACACGCAAUUAGUGAUUUAAAACUCACUUUGUAUUUCGCAAUCAGUGAUUACUCUGAUGAAGUCC